AUGGCGGCGACGUCGUAUUCGUCGUCUUCAUCGGCGGCGGGGGCUGGUGGCGGCGGCGCCGCGGCGGCGACGGCGGCGGCCGGGCUCAAGACCUACUUCAAGACGCCCGAGGGGAGGUACAAGCUGCAGUACGAGAAAGCUCACUCCGCCGCUGUCCUUCACUACAACCACGGCGGGAAGACCGUCUCGCAGUUGACGGUGGCAUACCUGAAGGAGAGGUUGACUGGCCAAGGCUCCACACCAUCAACACCAAGCUCCAGCAGUGGGAUGCGAUCGGCGGCAGCAAGGCUGCUGGGUACCGGGAAUGGUAGCCGCGCACUUAGCUUUGUUGGGGGCAAUGGUGUCAGUCGUGCUGUGUCUGAAAGCAACCGUGUGGGAGGAACCCUUGGUACAUCUACAAGCCUUGGAGGAUCUCAAGCUGUAGCAAACUACGAUGGCAAGGGUGCAUACAUCAUCUACAAUUCUGCGGAUACACUAUUCAUCAGUGACCUUAAUUCCCAGGACAAGGAUCCGCUAAAGUCCAUCCAUUUUAGCAACUCUAACCCAUUGUGCCACGCAUUUGACUCGGAGGCCAAGGAGGGGCAUGACUUAAUCAUUGGGAUGGGAUCAGGGGAUGUUUAUUCAAUGUCGCUGAGGCAACAGCUACAAGAACCUGGAAGGAAGCCUGUUGCAGCCCAACAUUAUAAUAGGGGUGAUAAAGAUGGAAUGAGCAUCAGCAGCCGUUGCACUUCUGUUGCAUGGGUUCCGGAGUGUGAAGGCAUGUUUGUUGUUAGCCACUCUGAUGGAAAUUUGUAUGUGUAUGAUAAAUGCAGAGAUGGAAACACGGAGUGUACAUUUCCAGCUAUAAAGGAUCCAGCUCAGUUGAUGGUUUCACAUGCAAAGUCGAGUAAGAGUAACCCAAUUGCCAGGUGGCAUGUUUGUCAUGGUUCAAUCAAUGCAAUUUCCUUCUCUCCAGAUGGGGCAUACUUGGCGACGGUUGGGCGAGAUGGUUAUUUGAGAGUGUUUGACUUUUCAAAGGAACAGCUAAUAUUUGGUGGCAAAAGUUAUUAUGGCGCUCUCUUGUGUUGCACCUGGAGCUCGGAUGGCAAAUAUCUAUUGACAGGUGGUGAAGAUGAUCUUGUGCAGGUAUGGAGCAUGGACGACAGGAAGACUGUUGCAUGGGGUGAAGGGCAUAAUUCUUGGGUUAGUGGAGUUGCUUUUGAUCCAUAUUGGUCCCCACCAAAUGCUGAUGGAACGGGAGAAAAUGCGGUGUAUCGUUUUGGUUCUGUUGGUCAGGCUACCACGUCAAAUUCUUUUAGCAGGAUAGAGGUGGCUUGUACCAUGACAACAUCCAGUAUGUUCACAUGGUAUCUUUCUCAAAGGAUAUCUGCAGCCCCCGAUACCCAAUUGCUUCUGUGGGAUUUGGCAAUGGAUGAGAUUGUUGUCCCACUACGUCAUCCUUCAGGUGGUUCGCCAACAUUUAGCAGUGGGAGCCCUUCUGCACACUGGGACAGUGCAUGCCCUCCAACAGGUAUUCUUCAACCUUCUCCCAGAAUGCGGGACGUGCCGAAGCUUUCACCUCUUGUCGCCCACCGAGUACAUGCGGAUCCCCUGUCUGGUGUGGUGUUCAGCACUGAAUCAAUCGUCACCAUUUGCCGCGAGGGACUAAUCAAAAUAUGGGCCAGACCUGGCCACAGUGAAAACAAUCAACAGUCAAAUUCUUCCGAGUUUGCUUUAAGCAAUACUGUCUCCAAGGAUAGGGCAAUCACAUCCUUCAGUAAAGCAAGUGUCUCUAGCUUCAAGCAACCUUCAUCGCUUGGCUUGACAUAG